CGCUGCCCCGCGCUCCCGGCGUGCCCCGCGCUUCCGGCCGCGGCUCCUUCCGGUCCCGCCAGCCGUAGAGGACGGUCGCCAGGAUGUUGGCUUCCAGAGUGUUCAGCCUGGUCGGGAGGAGAUCCAUCUCCACCUCCCUGUGCCUCAGGGCACAUGGACACGGCGUGGUCAAGGCUGAGGAUUACACCCUGCCCGUGUACGUGGACCGCCGGGACGUGCCCCUGCCCGAGGUGGCCUUUGUGCGGGACCUGUCAGCGCAGCAGCGGGCGCUCAAGGAGAAGGAGAAGGCGUCCUGGAGCGCCCUGUCGGCCGAUGAGAAGGUGGAAUUGUAUCGGAUAAAAUUCAAGGAGACCUACGCAGAGAUGAAGAAAGGGACAAACGAGUGGAAAACCAUCCUGGGGGGAGUUCUGUUCUUCCUUGGUGUCACUGGCAUCAUCCUCAUCUGGCAGAAGCACUUCAUGUACGGCCCUGUCCCUCACACCUUCUCUGACGAGUGGCUGUCAGCUCAGACCAAGAGGAUGUUGGACAUGAGGGAACCCGUGCAGGGCGUCACAGCCCAGUGGGAUUUUGACAACAACGAAUGGAAGAAAUAAAGCAACUCAGUGGAACCUGCUCUGCUUGAAUAUGAAAUGAUUCCAUCACCCGUGUGUGACCUCGUUGCUUGUUGUACUGGAACACCCUCUCCACCUCCAGAAAUGCUAAUAAAUGUCUGGUUAACUUGA